CCUAAUCCAGGAGGGACCUGCACCCCAAACCACCUGUGUUCCUGGUCCAGCAGCACGAUGGAUAAUGCUCUGCCUCUGGAAGCGGAGCUGGAGCACCAGUGGCUCCUCAACGCCUCCCUGAACGAGUCCUUUGCCAACCAGUUUGUGCAGCCCCCCUGGCAGGUGGCCCUGUGGGCCGUUGCCUACGCCCUCAUCGUGGUGGUGUCAGUGGUGGGGAACGUGGUGGUGAUGUGGAUCAUCCUGGCUCACAAGAGGAUGCGCACCGUCACCAACUACUUCUUGGUGAACUUGGCUUUCGCCGAAGCCUCCAUGUCCGCCUUCAACACGGUGGUGAACUUCACCUAUGCCAUCCACAACGAGUGGUACUAUGGGCUGCUCUACUGCAAGUUCCACAACUUCUUCCCCAUCGCCGCCGUCUUCGCCAGCAUCUACUCCAUGACGGCCAUCGCCCUGGACAGGUACAUGGCUAUCAUCCACCCGCUGCAACCCCGCCUCUCAGCCACUGCCACCAAGGUGGUCAUUGGUGUCAUCUGGCUCCUGGCUUUCCUGCUGGCAUUCCCCCAGGGAUACUACUCAGUGAUGGAGGAGCUGCCUGGCCGGCUGGUGUGUCUGGUGGAGUGGCCAGAGCACAGCACCAAUGUCUACGGAAAAACGUAUCACUUCUGCAUGACCAUCCUGAUCUACUUCUUGCCACUUCUGGUGAUAGGAUGUGCCUACACUGUGGUUGGCAUCACCCUCUGGGCCAGUGAGAUACCCGGUGACUCCUCCGACCGCUACCACGAGCAGGUCUCAGCUAAGAGGAAGGUAGUGAAGAUGAUGAUCAUCGUGGUCUGCACGUUUGCACUGUGCUGGCUGCCCUACCACAUCUACUUCACCCUGCAGUAUUUCAGCCCCGAGUGGUACCUGCAGAAGUUCAUCCAGCAGGUCUACCUGGCUAUCAUGUGGCUGGCCAUGAGCUCCACCAUGUACAACCCCAUCAUCUACUGCUGCCUCAACGACAGGUUUCGCGUGGGGUUCAAACACGCAUUUCGGUGGUGCCCGUUUGUCAGCGCGGGUGAGUACGAGGGCCUGGAGAUGAAGUCAGCCAGAUACCUGCAGACACAGAGCAGCAUGUACAAGGUCAGCCGGAUAGAGACCACUGUGUCCUCAGCAGUGGGCAUGGCUGAAGAGGAGCUGGAGGAGAGCAGCAAAGCCAAGCGUCUCUCCGUAGACAUGACCUCCAAUGGCUCCUCCCGCAGUGACUCCAAGACAGUCUCCGAAAGCUUCAGCUUCUACUCCAACACGCUCACCUAAGCAGCUUCCCGGCUCCAUCAGCCACCCCCAAGGGUGCCACCAUCCCCUUUCCCUCACAGGGAUGCUCCAACACCUAACCCAUCCAGUGCCACCACCCCAGUCUGUGAUGUGCUGGCUUUUUUCAGUGCUGUUUCACCAUCUCAUGCUGUGCCGCUCGCUCACCACCCUCAGACGAGCCCGAGAGCAAAAGCUUUGGGUGGUUCCAUGUGCACAACCAUGGCUCGUGUGUGAAGAUCAGAGAGGUGUAGCUGCCUCCACCUUGCUCACUGUCUGUUCAGCCCACCACGUGCCAGGCAAGUGGAUAGGAUGCAAAAAUGGACCAGAGCUGGAUUUUUCUCUCAAACCACAAGUACAACAUUGGCAGAUGCUUCUCUCCUCUCUGCAAGGAUCUCCCAGCACAUUUCACUCCACAGGAAAACAGUCUUACACUUCCCUCCUCCCACCUUUAAUUUCAUUCUCCCUGUCACUCCCAGAUGACUAUCCAGAGUAUUCAAUUCCAAAAUCCAGCAAAAAUUGCUGUUUUCAACAUCAGGACCCUGUACAUCCAUGGGGCACCACUGGCCACCUGGCACUUCAGCCCAGAUCCAGGCAUUUCUGCAGUGUCUCCAUCUCCAGCACCCACAUCCCUCUACAUGAUGGUCUUCAGUUGCCACUCCACAACACAGCUCACCAAAACAGGGAUCUCCAGAAGGCUUUCUGUACAGAGCCAGACUUUGGUUGCUGUUAAUCAACCACACAUGCCAAAAGCAAUCACUGUGAUUUCCUAGAAGGCCCAAGCUGAUGUUUCUUGGAGAGGUUUUGGAAGUCUGUGGAGAUCUGG